UACAGCACUCUGGACUCAAUCAGAUGGGGGGUAAAAAGAGGAGGGCAGAGACAGAAGUUUGACAUACCGAAGACAAAGACCACAGCAACUGGAAGCUUCAGUUAUUUCCACCAUCAUCUCUGCGCUACUUCGUCCACAGCAACAAUUUGAUCGGUGGAUUGGAGAAGACGACAGAAGAUUUAAGACGCAAUCUUUUCUACUGACAUCUCAGGAUAUCUGACAGAAGCCAAAAGCAAAGCUGCAGGAAACCAAUUUAUCACCUAAAGAGAUAAGGCUUCAGAGGGGAACCUCCAAGAAGAUCUCAAAGCCUGUGUCAACUUCACUCUGGAGAACUGGAAAGGAACAGUUGAAGGAAUAAAAGCAGAACGAAAGAGCUUCAUUAAAGUGUGCAGGGAGUGCACAAGUCUGGCUGACAGACUGGUCACAAGUCUUCUGCAGAAGAAGUGAGAAAAGCAGCAAAAAUCUGGAGGAGGAACAGCAAGAGGUCCACCGGGCCCCACAGCACAACUUUGUUAUGAGUAUGACUGGUACUCUCGAGAGGGGGGCACACCAUCAGGCCUUGGAUUUGUCUGAGGAACUGCCACCUCACCAUCACCACACCAACCACCACCAGCAGCAGCAUCUUCACCAUUCCAACUCCCUGGCAUCCACCACGGCUGUGGGUGGAGGGAGAGAAACACCUUCACGUGUGGUUGUGCCUCCUCCUUAUUCUGCAGCCGAGAGUGGCGGCGGGGGAAGCGAGGCUCCUCUGGAGCUGCGGGGAUCUCUCGACUGCUGGGCCUGCUCGGUGCUGGUGACCGCUCAGAACGUGCUGAUCGCCGCAAUCAACGCGUGCCUCGCUGGACUGGUGUUCGGGAUCAUCCUGACACCAGCCAUCGUCAUGGUUGUGUUUGGCUUCCUCUGUCACUCUACAGUGCGCCCCCAUGGAACUACACCCUACUGCUCAGACCUACUGACCGAUGGAGGCUGUGUGGCUUUGCUGGUGGUGGGCUUCCUCUUGGUCACCCCUCUGCUAGUCCUGGCGCUGGCUGCAUACUGUCGUCUGGCCCGACACCUCCAGCUGGGCCUGUGUUUCAUUCCAUACAGCCGGGCCGUGUACAAGAACCUCCCGGCCACCCAGCAUCGUGGCCUGGGCACGGGCUGCUGCGGGGGUCGAGAUGCUGCUGAUGGCGGUGGAAAGGGGAAGGUCUGGGUGUGAGAUGACAGUGAGCUGGGUAAAGGGGAAAAGAAAACAGGGUGAGAAAAGACCUUUAGAUUAAGCGAAGGGGCACGAACAAAAAAAGAGGGGUUAAGAAACGGCAGCAGAUGUCAGGAAAAUUGAGAUAUGUGAACGAUAAUUACUAUAAAAACCAGCUCUUACAGACACUUACAUGAUGGUCUGGUUUAUUUGUAUGUGUUUAAAUAAUUGAGAGGAAGCUGGAGAUCUAAAAAACAUCAAAUCCCACAAAGGUUGUACUGACACUUCACAGCUGUAUCCUGUCACAUUUAUGUUAUAAUGAGAAACAUUUAUAUGUCUAGUGUAGUUUUCUUUUUAGCUGUUGCAAACUGUGACUGCAUUCUCUUGCAUGUUUUGUUUCCUUUUUUAAAUAAACAAAGCUACGAGAGUU